GAUGGGGCGGGCGGAGCGGUUCUUACGCGCCGGGAGAUUCGAUCCCUGACCGCGGGUCCUGACUGCAUUUACCCUCCCUUUGAUUUGUGUCUUGUGUCCGUGGAGUCAUGUUAUUACUCUGCGUGGUCUUCCAGAGCUGGAUCGGCAGCUGUUAAACCUUCACUUCCAUACAGAUGGAGGCGAUGGAGGUGGACUCCCCAGGAGAGGUGCAGAGAGGAGGAGGAGGAGGAGGAGGCAGCAGCAGACAGCGUGCGGUUAAUGCUGCAGCAGCAGCAGCGGUUGCCAACGAGCCACACGUCAUCUCAGACUCCGGCAGCAGCACCGAGGUGGACGAGGACGAUGACGAAGACAAUGAAGGGCGACGGACGGCAGCUCGUGCGCCGCCCAGGCUUCCUGCCACCUGGGCGUUCAGUCAGAGAGCCGUGGGCGGCUCUGCAGCCGCACAUUCAGCUGCUCAGGGGGCGCCCAUACGGAGGAGACUCAGACACGGCCUCAGGGUGCACUACCCCAGCCAGACUGCAGCGCCCUCCAGAGGAUUUCCAGACUUCCUGCUCCGGGCGCCGGCUGCCAGCGUGGCCGAGCCAGAGUCUGGCAGCACCACCGAGGUCAGCGAUUCUGACGAUGAGGAUGAGGAGGUUGGGCGUGAAGAAGGCCCGCCUGCCGCUCCGGGGCCUGUCGACCUGACGCCGCCUGCUGGUCCUCGACUCAACGCCUCCGUCCAACACACACGACCACAGGAGGCCGGCCCGACCAACUCCAGAACAGCUGCAGAUGGCGAGAGGAAAGAAUCUCAAAACCAGAACGUCCAGCCGGUUCCCGUGGCCUCGGCGUCCGUCCAGCCGUCUCAACCGGAAGAGGGCGAAGGCGACAUCUGCUCCAUAUGCUUCGAGGCGUGGACGACGGCGGGCGAGCACCGGCUGUCCGCUCUGCGCUGCGGACACCUCUUCGGCUUCACCUGCAUCCAGCGCUGGGUGAAGGCUCAGGGCCCGUCUGCUAAAUGUCCACAGUGCAACAAGAAGGCGAAGCGUUCAGACAUCGUUCUGCUCUACGCUCCGAAGCUGAGAGCGCUCGACAACUCUGAGCAAGAGAGCUUAAAGAAGUCUCUGGAGCAGGAGCAGUCUCUGAGGAGGAAGGCUGAACUGGAGUCGGCUCAGUACAAACUGAAACUGCAGGUCGUCACCAACAAAUACGGACAAGCACAACAAGAGCUGCAGGAGCUGAGGACUCUGAUGGCUCAGGCCGGCAGGAGCUCGCUCUCCUCUUCCUCCUCCUCGUCGUCCUCUGCGUCGAGCUCGCUCCUCCUCCUCGGCGUGUCCCAGCGGGCGGGCGGCUCCAGGACGGCCCAGUACGGCUUCUCCAAGGCGGUGCUGGUGUCUCAGGCCGGAGGCUCCAGGGUUCUGUCCUACUGCGGAGCUCUGAGCUGCCUGCUGGCCUCGCAGCCUUCGCCUCACGCUACGCUGGUUCCCGGUUGUGGUGUGAAGAAGGUGAGCGUGGUCAACAUGAAGGCGAGUCAGUACGUCCCCAUCCACAGCAAACAGAUCCGAGGUCUGUCCUUCAACAGACAGAACGACAGCCUGCUGCUGUCGGCCGCUCUGGACAACACCAUCAAACUGACCAGUCUGCUGACCAACACGGUGGUUCAGACCUACAACGCGGGUAAACCCGUGUGGAGCUGCUGCUGGUGUUUGGACAACAGCAACUACGUCUACGCAGGUCUGAGCAACGGCUCCGUGCUCGUCUACGACACCAGAGACACCAGCACACACGUCCAGGAGCUGCAGCCGCUACGCUCCAGGUGUCCUGUGGCGUCCCUGUGCUACGUCCCGCGGGCGGCCUCCAGCCCGUUCCCGUGCGGCGGGGUGAUCGCCGGCUCCCUGGAGGGCGCCUGCUUCUGGGAGCAGGUCAACGAGACCACGUACAGGCCGCACAUGCUGCCGCUGGAGUCAGCCGGCUGCACCGACAUCCAGGUGGAGACGGAGAGCCGACACUGCCUGGUCACCUACAGGCCAGGCCGCUCCAACCCGUCCCUGCGCUGCGUCCUCAUGGCUCUCACCAGGACCCCCCAGCAGGACUCCAGUCAGCUGCCCUCCUGCUCCUGCUCUCCCGUCCAGACGUUCAGCGCCGGCUCGUCCUGCAAGCUGCUCACCAAGAACGCCGUCUUCAGGAGUCCAGACGGAGGAGGAACGCUGGUCUGUGCCGGGGACGAGGCGUCCAACUCCACCAUGGUGUGGGAUGCCUCCAGUGGUUCUCUGCUCCAAAAGCUCCCUGCUGACCUCCCUGUGUUGGACAUCAGUCCGUUCUCAGUGAAUGGAGAACACUUCCUGGCGUCGCUGACGGAGAAGAUGCUGAAGCUCUACAGGUGGGAGUGAACGAGGAAGGACUCUUCUCUCUCCUCCUCUCCCUCAGACCAGACAAUAACACACACACACAAGGAGAGGACGCCGUCUGUGUGGAAAAUAAAAUGCUGCUCAACUUUUAUCUGUGCAGCUGCUAAAGGACGAUAAACAGCUGAUAACUGACGGAUCGACCCGAGGAAACAAAACAUUUCAUCUUUUUAGUUUUAUCUUUUUUUAUUUGAAGUUACUGCUCGUCUGGUGACCUUUGACCUGCACAGAGAGCCAGACGCAGCCAGGUCGUGAUGACUGGUCACACUGGGACGUUGUGUCUCCUGCAGAAAGUUUACACGAGUCAAAGGUCAAGUUCAGUGUUCAGAUCUUCAUCUCAGCUGCUCAAGAAGUCUGACGGAGGAAAAGUGUGUGUGUGUGUGUGUGUGUGUGUGUGUGUGUGUGUGUGUGUGUGUGUGUGUGUGAGUGAGUGAGAUGUAUUUUUUCCUCCUACUUCUCCACUCAGCCGUUGAUCUUCAUUUGUUUCUGUAAAGUGUUAAAAUGAAUCCAUCACAGUGAACAUCAAGUCUAACUUUUAAUCAUCAGUUAAACUUCUACAUUAAUAAACAAACUGUUUGGAUUUAAAACGCAUGAUGAAAAAUGAUCACGUCUUUUACGACCUUCUAGUCUACAAAAAAAAAAUUCUCUUCUUCCCCCUGAUCUCUUGUCGUCCUCUCUCUCUCCUCCUCUCCUUCCUGUUCUUCUCCUUCCACCACCUGUCCCUCCUCCUCUCUCUUAGUUUAAUCUCUGAUCUCUGGUCUGAGUAGAUUAUAUUUCUGCAUUUAAACACAUUUGUUUAUUGGCAGCACUGAUUUUAUGUCUAAUCCACACAAACAGUCCUCAGCGUGGAUAUCGUUGAGAUGUUUCAGGUCAUUAAUACAUGAUGUCUCUAUUACACCGUUUGUCCACCAGAGGGCGCUGAAGCUGCUAAAUGUCUAGUUUAUAAAACAAGUUAAAGGCUCUUUAUUGCCUUUUAAAGGAGUCCUUCUGGGCUCAAAUCAAAAUGUUUCUGAAGACGAGUUCACUGUGAUGGAGUCUGUUCAAUCGAUUUUAAAACUAUAAAGAAAUUAAGUUAAAUGUGUGCUUUGAAAAACAAACCACAGCAGCAUUUAAACUGGUUCAAUAGAUUACCACUGGUUUAACUACAGCUACUGACUGAACUGUUGUUUCUCCUGUUCUUUGUUGUUGCAAUACUCAUUGUGGCCACAAGAGGCUGAAGUUCACCAUUUCAAGUUCUACGAGGACUUUCUAACAGCUUAAGCCCCGAGUGUUUGGAGUGCAGUUAAAACUCACCUGGAAGUUUUUAGUCUCAUUAACUUGUUAGAAGAGUUGCACUUCGGCCUCUUGUGGCUGAAAUCAGUAUUACAACGACAAACAGAAAUAGUUUUUUUAAGUUAUGGAGUAAAAUCAUUUCAGAUCAGGGGUUAGGGUUGACCUUUUUAUUUUCUGUGUGUCCUCUCAGGGCUUCCGUAGACUUGAAUGGUCGAUAGAUGAUAGAAGGUUUGUGUUUGUUCAGGAAGUUAAUUAGAAGCAUUCAAAGAUGCUUUGAGAUUUGAGUCUAAUCCGGUCACACAACUGAAGUUUGGGAUGUCUGAGCGACCCUGAAUCCACCACGAACAGAAAAAUGAUCUAAAAUGAUCAGGUAGCUUCACUUUGACAUGUAUCAAAAUGUCAGUGAUUUGUAGUUUUUUGGGUUAAAACAUGAAACAGAGAUAAUCCCGUCUCGGCUAGUCAAAGAUUCCAGAAUGCAGAUGAAAGGUUCUCCCGGUUAUCUCCAUGUUGUGUUUUCCUCUUAACUUCCCUCUGAACCUGAACAUUAAGUGCCAAAGGACUCUGCUGUCUGUUGUACAGUUUUACUUUCCUUGUAUUCGUUCUAAAGGAAGUUGUAUAUAUGUAUACAUGUAUAUUUGCUACCAACUGUAACUGUUUGUGUACGAAUUCAAAGUUAAUAAAAUGACGAGAUAUUUUUAAUGAAAGUCGACUGUUUGAUGUUAAACGUGAAUCACCAACGGUACGAAAACAGUUAUGAUGUUUUAGGAAAUAGAAUAAGAAG